GGACUGAAGGAGACAGGAAGAUGGCAGAAGAGCAACCCGAGAGCCACUACUGUGUCUGGGCACAUCAACUACAGACUGCAAGGGACUGAAGGAGACAGGAAGAUGGCAGAAGAGCAACCCGAGAGCCACUACUGUGUCUGGGCACAUCAACUACAGACUGCAAG